AUGAUCUCCCAAUUGGCCAUACCAGAAUUCCAUCAAUCCAAAACUGUGCCUCUGGCUGCAGUGUAUCACACUCGACCAUACCGAAAUCGUUCUUUUGAGGAAAUUCGAUCCUGGAUUGGAAUCCUGGCGAGACCAUCAGAAAAAAUUGUUAUAAUCCGUAUUGUACGACUCUGUUCGUCGGUGUGCGGUGCAGAUGUUCUUGAUCCUAAAUAUCGCAUAAAUUUACUCACCUUUAUCGUUUUGUCGUUCAUCAAUUUGUUCCUGGUCUUCACUGGAUACACCAUCUAUGUGAACUUGUAUGUAGAGCGUGAUUGGACCAAAGUACUGCAAACUCUAUGCAUGGUUGGAAGUGCACUGCAGGGCUACUGCAAACUCUUGAAUGCUAUUUGGAACAGACAUCAUCUGAAAUUUAUGGCCCAGGAACUGCAUCAAAUCUAUAAAGAAUAUGAACAGAAACAUGCCCAUUAUCGUCAAGAAUUGACCAAAAAUGUCAAUAACGUUUUGAAAUGUAUAAAAUUUGUUCUCUACACCUAUGCCAUUAACCUUACUGCCAUUGUUAUGGUGGUGCCAAUCUAUCGCCUUAUAUACAAAGAACGUAUCUUUGUCAUGCAAUUUCUUUUGCCGGCAGUGAAUCCGGAUACAGAAUUUGGUUAUAUGACCAUGAAUUGUAUGCACUUGAUUUGCAUUAUGUUCGGAGCCUUUGGAAACUUUGCCGCCGAUACUUUUUUCAUUACCUUUGUCGGCCAUAUUCCCUUACUGAAGGAUGUUUUAAGGUGCAAAUUUGAAGAUUUAAAUGUAAAGCUGGACGAAAAGGAUAUGGAGAAAACGAAAGAGUACAAGGCAAUAUUGCGAGACAUUUUUGAAUGGCAUCAAAAGUACAUGACGUGA